GGGCUGUCCCGGAGGGGAAAUGCAUCCUGAAUGGGGCUGAGGCCCCCUGCUCGGGAAUAUGCAGCCUCGGCGCCGGGGGGGCAGCAGCAGGGCAGCGGCCGGCGUGCGACGGCAUGGUGGCAACGUUCAAGAUCGCCGUGCUGGGAGCCCAGGGCGUGGGCAAGAGCGCCAUAGUCCGCCAGUUCCUCUACAACGAGUUCAGCGAGGUCUGCGUGCCCACCACGGCCCGCCGCGUCUACCUGCCCGCCGUCGUCAUGAACGGCCACGUCCACGACCUGCAGAUCAUGGACUUUCCCCCCAUCACCGCCUUCCCCGUCAACACCCUGCAGCUUCGAGUACAUCAAAACCAUCCGCCAGCAGAUCCUGGAAACGAGGGUCAUCGGCACUUCGGAGACACCCAUCAUCAUCGUGGGCAACAAGCGGGACCUGCAGCGGGGCCGGGUGAUCCCACGCUGGAACGUCUCCAACCUGGUGAAGAAGACGUGGAAGUGUGGCUACAUCGAGUGCUCGGCCAAGUACAACUGGCACAUCCUGCUGCUCUUCAGCGAGCUCCUGAAGAGCGUGGGCUGCGCCCGCUGCAAGCACGUCCACACCACCAUCCGCUUCCAGGGCGCCCUGCGCAGGAACCGAUGCACCAUCAUGUGAGCCCCUUUGCCCCGACGGACCCCCCAGCUGUGCCCCUCCUUGGGGACCACGACUCCCAGCAUCGUUGUUCUCUGGGGGUGGGUGAUGCUGCGGUAGGAGCUGUGCCAGAGGCACCUUGGGGUUUGCUUCCCCGCCAGCGCUGGCACCCUGUGGUGACAUUUGGGGACGCUGCACCUUGGGAGGUGCUGGGCAGGGUGAUGCGGUGGCCAUCGGUGGGUCGGAGUGGGCAUACAGCCAGGCUGCCUGGAGGUAGUGAGGGGUGAGGGAGGACCUUGGCUGAACCCCCGAGCCCUCCCUGAGCCUCUGGUGCUCAGGGACAUAGAAUAGAUGUCCCAGGGGGGAAAUGUGUCUCCACUGUGCCUGAAACACUGCGUGGCAUCAGAGGGUGAAGGAGCCACCUGGGAUGGUGCCCAGAGGUUGGCUGUUGGGUCCAUCCUUGCCAGCUCCCACCCUGGCAUCGCAGGGGUGAUGCCAACUGCUGCCUGCCAUCACCUGCCCCUCAGAAGAAAAUUGUCCAGCACCCGUGUCCUGAGGUGACAGAGGUGGCUCCAUCCUUGGGACACGGUGGAGCUGGGAGGCCCAUUUUCCUCCUGGUGGAGCCGGGGUUUCUCCUCUUGGAGGGCAGAGCAGCCUCUGGUAAGAGACCAGGAUACACGGGCCCUCUUUUGGCUCCAUUGGGCCAGAUUUCCAGGCAGAAUUUCUGGAUGAAAGUAAGAAAGGGGGAAAAAAAAAAAAAAUUAAGAUCCCAUCCUGCACCUGACACCCCCCCAGGGGGCCGGGUGCUGCCUCCCCUGGGCUUUGAGUCCCCCUUCUGCCAAGGAAGGCUUCUCCUCCCCUACCAGCCUGUCCAACACCAAAUAAUCUGGAAACUCUCCUCGCCGGGCAGGUCACCCCUCCGCUACCUCGUGUCCCGGGCUCAGCGGGCAACCGGCUUUUGCACAGCUCUGACCCAAACCCCAACAUCCCCCAAAGGGGCAGGAGGUGUCCCCUGUGCCACCAGUGGUGCCACGAGAUGGGUCUGACCCCCCCCAGGCUUUCCCACACGAUGCUCGCCCCCAUCCUCGUGAGCAGCCUCCAAAGCAAUAGGGAGCUGGAGUUGCAUUUCCAGUUGCAUUCCUUUCUUUUUGUUAUUUUUUUUUAAUUUUUCUCUCUCUGCACAUCCCUAGGAAAAUGACCCCCCCCCCCCCAUUUUUUUUUUAUAUAUUCUUUUUCGACCUUUCAGCUCAUUUUUACACCAGAUUCCAGCUUGCUCACAUCUUGCCCUGCAGGGCGAGUGGCAAAGAGUUAGUGAAGGGUGUUGGGGGCAAUGUGCUGGCGAUGGGCACAGUUGAGAAGACCGGGGGGGGUUGUGGUUCCUCCUUCUUGGCUGCUCCCCGUGAGACACGGGGAAACACCAUCCUCACCCCCUGAGGCAGGAUCUGAAGCCGGUCCAUCCUCCGGGGCCAAACCAUCUCAGUGAUUUCUGGUGUAAGGAGGGGAGGUGGGGAGUAAAGCGAAGGGAGACCCGUCUCUUCCCCCACAGCCAGGGUUUCCACCUGCCAGCAGCCCCGCUCUGCUCCUGGGAACACUUUCUAUUAAGCCCAGAUCCAGCUGAGCUCGGACACGGUGCAUCUCACCACCCCAUCCCUGCCCCUGGGGCCAUGCGCUGCCCGGCAGCCCCAAUGCUGGGGGUGAGGGGGUCACCAAACCCCAUUCCUCUUGCUCCCCACUACAAAGAAAAAGGAAAAAAAAUUAAAAAGAUAAAAGUCACUGGGGGGACAUGGGUCUGUCUCAGGUGGCUGUGAGACCCCCGACCAGGGAAGGGUGGUGGCACUUGUCACUGUCCCUCGCCUUCACGGCAAACACACCGGGCUUUGCCACCAGCCUCCCCCCUCCCCGACCUCAUCUCGUCAGGAUUUAUUAACACGUGUAAGUCCACGUUAUCGGUCUCUGGCUAGCUUUAUCCCUCCAAAUUGUUUGAGAAGGAAAGUCCUUGGUAAAUGCUAAUAAUAAAGCAUUUAUAAAGUGCUCCGACGUACACAUAUCAACGACUAAGCCAAUACAUUGUUUGUUAUAACCCUGUAGCCUGCAGUUUAUAGCACAAUUAGUUACAGGUUUUUAUAGCAUCUAUUUAGUAUUUUGAAAAAAAAAAAAAAAAACAAAAACCAACAAAGGUUAUAAAUAUAAUUGUUAUAUUCUAUUGCACUUUAUA